AUGAAGCUCACUGGAUUGACUGUUUCGCUCGCCUUCGCUGGUUUGGGCUACUCUGCCGCUCUUCCCGUCCUCGGCAAUGUUAAGGGGACCGUAUCUGGCGUUGAGGGUGCCGCCGGUGGUGCCACAGGUUCCGCCGCUAAGAUUGUUGCGCCUAUCACCUCCACCGCUGGCGGCCUGACUGCUGCCCUCAAGCGUGACAAUACUGCUGCCCUCGGUGAGACUGUCGAGACCAUCCCAAGCUUUUCCAACAGCGCUGUUGGCAUUGCCGGUAGUGCUGUCGGUACCGGUGAGAGCCUUGUCUCUGGGGCUGCUGGUACGGCAGAGAACGCCGUUGCUGGUGCCGGUUCAGCCGCGAAGCGUCAACUCAACGACAUCGUUGGAAGCACACUAGGAAGCGCCGUUCCCGCCAUUAUCCAAGAAGCCAAGGCUGGAGGCCUCGCUGGUGCUUUCAAGCGCGAUGGAACUGCCGCAUUUGGUGAUACCGUCGAGACUAUUCCCAGCCUCGCCAACAGCGCUGUCACCAUCGCUGGUAGUGCCGUUGGUACCGGUGAAAGCCUUGUCUCAGGCGCUGCUGGUACCGCCGAGAACGCUGUUGCCCACUAG